CCCUCCCACCCCAACAGAAACUUGGCGCGCGGCACCGAAUGUGAGGUGGGCCUCUCGUCUGCUCCGGAAAGCAUCGCGAGGCUUGAGGCAGCGUUCUUUCCGAGGGUGGUGCCAGGGCUAGGCGCAGGGCCUGGGGGCCAGGGAUGGCGUCCCGAGCGGUUCGUUGGCUGGUAUUCGCACCCGUCCGACCCGUGGCUCUUCGGAGCGGACCGACCUUGAAGAAAGAUGGCGGCAUCUCCGCCGAACUGGGCGGCUCAGGUCGGAGCCUGGUACCGUCGAGGUCAGUCAUCGUUACUCGCAGCGGCGCCAUUUUGCCCAAGCCCGUGAAAAUGUCCUUCGGCCUUCUCCGUGUGUUCUCCAUUGUGAUCCCCUUUCUCUACGUUGGGACGCUCAUUAGCAAGAACUUUGCUGCUCUACUCGAGGAGCAUGACAUUUUUGUCCCAGAGGACGAUGAUGACGACGACUAACAGGUCAGGAAGUACAGGAAAGAGCAAGCCCUAACUGAAUUAAGAAAUGGUGAUGCUUAUAGCUUCUCCUCCCUGCCUGUCAGCAGAAGGGCCCAGGGAAGUCUCCUGCAUGGUCUGUGACCACAGCCCAGAGUCCCAGGCUCUGGGAGAGUCCCUGAGCUGUGCUGUCCACUGGGCGCAAUCAAACAAUGAAUAAACAUGAUAAACAUCA